AUGCCCGUCUCCAGCCUGUACGAGCUUGCCCGGCAGCGGCUGAUCAAGAACAUCGACAUGCUUACCGACAUCGGCGACAUACCCUUCUCCUUCCUCGAACCUGUCCUCCGUCACAUCCAGAACCCACAGCAGCUGCAGGAGCUGGAGGAGAACUGCCCGCAAAUCCAGGGCGAGACAAAAGACAUAUGGAGAAGAUACAUCCGGAGAGACGUGCCAGACUGGGACAAGAAGCCCCAUACGCCCAGGGACGACAGGAACUGGAGCAAAGUGUAUCGAAAGCUCGUGAAGGAUGCCGAGAAGGAGAAGGUCGACCAGGAGAACCAGCUGAAACAGCAGAUGAAGGCGCUCCAGGCGGGCAGAGAGGUCAACAAGACCGUCAUCAUGACCACGAACAAAAGCUACGGUCGCACGGGCAGCCACUGGUCCAUGGGCAGCGGGAGGGACUACGGUCGAGCCGCCCCGCCUGCGAAGACGGGAAAGGUGGCCAUGGACAAGCUCAAGCGCGGCAUGUUCGACCGCAACCAAGCACGCACCAAAGCCGUGCACACACCGCAGCACCAGCUCGCCAUGAAGAAGCAGAUGGUGUCGGCCAUCCCCGAACGCCUGGUCAGGAUGGCACAGCAAGAAGCACCCAAGACCAUGGUCCUGUCCAAACAAGCCUCCGCAUCUGCUGCCGAGAGGCGAAUCCCAAAGCCAGCUGCGACUCAACAAAAUAUCAGACAGCGUCCAGCUGUAACACCGGCCCAGUUUGUACCGCCACCCCGUACUUCGCUCCCGGCCGGCCAACAUUUCAGCGCUCCCAAGCUCAAGCCCACUACGCACGGUGUGGGAGCUGCGUCGGCGCCGAAACGGAAGCGAGAAGGAUCGAGCAUGUUCCAGCCGACCAAGCAGCGGAGAGCGUAG